AUGGCGACGACAAAUAGGACCGACCUGUUUCUCAGGUAUCGCAAUCAGGCCAGGGGCGCAACAAGGGCACUAGGACAAGCAUCAGACGACAGUGGGACCCACCGCCUCUUGGAAGCAGCUCUUGCGAGCACCGUUGACAAUGGAAGUGCAGCAGAGCUCGGCUCUGCAGGUGUCGCCUCUGCCCUGCCACCGCGCUAUGUUGACUUCAAAGAGGCCAUCCGCUCUGAGAUGCUCAGCAUCAAACAGAAGAUGAACGACCUGCGAGCCUUGCAUGGCAAAGCAGCUCUCACCACCUUUGAUGACACCAACAGUCAUGAAAUAGACAUCGAGGUGCUCACCCAAGAGAUCACAAGACUUUUCCGCAAGGCAGAGGUCCGCCUGCAGCAAUUUGGAGGUGGAGCGUGCACCAGUGAAGCAGAUGAGAAGGUGAAGCAGAACGUUCAAAGGACGCUGGCCAUCGAGCUGCAGAAGCUGUCAGUGCAAUUCCGGAAGCAGCAGAAGUCCUACCUCAACAAGUUGAGGAAAAAUACUGCAUCCUCCUCCAGCUUCUCUCUGCUGGAUGAAGCGGGGACUUCUGGGCGAGAUGAGGACUUUGACCCAGGCUUCUCAGAGAUCCAGACGAUGCGGGUGGACACGAUGGAUCUCUUUGCUCAGGAGCGCGAUCGCGAAGUGCGGAACAUACUGCAGUCGAUCAAUGACCUUGCGCAGAUCAUGAAGGACCUUUCUGUCCUUGUGAUUGACCAAGGGACAAUUGUGGACAGGAUAGAUUACAACAUGGAGCAGGUUGCUGUGAAGGUGGAUGAGGGUGUGAAGCAGUUGCUCAAGGCAGAAAAGUCGCAGAAGCAGAGCGGGAUGGUCCUGUGUAUAAUGUUCCUCGUCUGUGCCGUUAUACUCAUGCUGGUAGUCUACAUCUGCAAAAUCAUCCUCUUCCAUUGA